UCAUUCAUUAAAGCAAUUAAAUACUAACUCUGGUAUUUGAAAAAUGAGCAAUUGCGUUUUACACAUAUAAAAUAUAAAUAAAUAUUAUUUAAUUUCCUGCUUCCGUAUCAGACGUGGUCUACAGCUUUCAUAUUUUCUCACUAAACUGUAUUCUGUCAUUGUAUUCGUUUGGGCAUGGGGAUCAUUGGAAGUGUCUUGUGGUGUUUUUUAAUCAUCAACUAUUACUCCCAUUCGAAUGUUAAUGGAUUAACUAUCGGUAUACUAUUUGGUGACUAUCCAGCUCAAGAACAACUCUUGAUCAAUAAUUCGAUUUCUUCAAAGUAUGAAAAUGGCGAAAUUAUAUUUUCUAGCAACAUUCGGAGUAUUUCUGGAAUCGAUAGCUAUACUGCAAGUGAAACAAUGUGUCAAAUGAUAAGUGAUGGUAGUGGAGUGGCAGCAGUGUUUGGACCUAAACAUUCCAUUUCAACCACGAUUCUGGAAGCAAUAUCUUCAGAAUUCCAAGUCCCUUACAUCUUGACAUCUUGGAAACCUCCAUCCGCCAUAGAGUCAGAAUACACUCUGAACUUUUUUCCUGAUGCGUCUCUGUUUGCACGUGGCAUAUCUGAUAUUGUGAAAAGUUUUGGUUGGAAGAGCUUCGUUGUCUUGUAUGAAGAUGAUAUAAUUCUAGAAAAACUACAGCACAUUUUCGUUCUUCAAAAAUAUAACAAGAAUGAUAGAAGAAAUCGGAUCAUUCUCGAAAAGUUGGGACCUGGAUCAGAUUAUAGGAGAAUAUUAGAAAAAAUCCAAACAUCUUCACAAACCAACGUCAUUUUAGAUUGCAGAAUGGAAAAUAUAAUAGCAAUCCUUCAUCAAGCAAAAAGUGUCAACAUGCUGAAUGCGUUCAACAACUAUUUCAUAACAAAUUUGGAUGCAUAUACUUUAGACUAUUCAGAGUUGAAUACUACGGCCAAUAUAACUACCAUCAAGCUCAUAGAUGACAAUAAUUAUGAAUUUCUUGAAGAUUCGAUGAUGAAAAUGGGCUUGGGAGAACUCAUUCAUCACAAAAAAUUCAAGACAGAUAUAAUGCUGUUUUAUGAUGCUUUUUGGUUCAUGAAUGAGACACUGAACGAACUAGGACCUGCAAUUAUGACUAAUCCUGUUUUCUGUAACAGGAAAGAGUCAUCAGUUAGUGGAAAAAAAUUGAUUGAGUAUAUGCACAAGAGAGUAUCUACUUCUCACACCCUAACUGGUCCAAUCUCGUUUGAUCAUCAUGGGAAUCGAAUAUCCUUCAACUUAUUUGUAGUGGAUGUAUUACAUGAGACUAAUAUAGCCACCUGGUCUUCUCAUAAUUCCACGUUACAAGUAAACAGACAUUUUGAUGAGAAGCUGACAGCUGUAUCGAACCUACAAGGAACAAAAGUUAUAGUCUCCUCGAGACUUGGUGCACCCUAUCUCAUGCUGAGACAAAAUGAGGAUGACGACAUAUCAACGGGAAAUGCUAGAUUCGAAGGCUAUACUUUGGAUCUCGUAGCUGGUAUCGCCAAAAUAGUAGGUUUCGAAUUCGAGGUCCGGCUUACUGAAGAUCAAAAAUAUGGAAGCUGGGAUGAAAAUAACGGAAAAUGGAAUGGUAUCAUCGGUGAUAUUUUGAAUAAGAAGGCACAUUUGGGAGUUGCUGAUCUGACCAUAACACAUGAACGAAGAGAAGUUGUUGAUUUUAGUCUGCCAUUCAUGAGUCUAGGAAUUGGGAUAUUGUAUAAGAAACAACCUCGAGGAAAUUCACGAAUGUUUGAGUUCAUGAGCCCCUUUUCAGAUUCUGUAUGGACUUACACAGGAUAUUUAAUCAUUUUCAUGAGUAUCUCCCUUUAUUUUGUGAUGAGGUUAUCAUCCAGAGACUGGAGAAGUUCACAGUUGGCUGACAAGGAAGAGGUAAUCGUCGAAAACCUUUGGAAUAUAAAGAACUGUAUAUGGAUGAUCUUUGGAUCAUUGACUGGCCAAGGCUGUGAAAUAUUCCCAAAAGGAAUAUCUGCGAGAAUAGCGAUAACGACAUGGUGGUUCUUCUGCAUGAUAUUGAUGAGUUGUUAUAUAGCAAAUUUAACGGCAUUCACCAACCUUUCCACUCUAGAUUCUUCCAUAAAUAAUGUGGAAGAUCUUGCUCGACAGUCUCGUAUAAAAUAUGGUUUGCUGGAAGGUGGGUCUACAGAAUCCUUCUUCGAAAACUCCAACUAUUCUACUUACCAAAGGAUGUGGUCGAAUAUGGAACAAAGGAGACAAGAGAAUUUUGUUAUGUCUAACUAUGAGGGAGUUGAGAAAGUUAGUGAGUCGCGAAAUGGCCUGUAUGCUUUCCUUAUGGAAUCUACGCAGAUCGAAUAUGUAUUGGAGACUCAUUGUGAUUUGAAACAAGUUGGUGAUUGGCUAGACAGCAAGAGUUAUGGUAUUGCAAUGCCUUUGAACGCUCCCUAUAGAACUGCUGUGAAUGGAGCAAUUUUACGAAUGCAAGAAUCCGGACAACUAGCGGAUUUGAAGCACAAAUGGUGGGUGCAAAAACAGGCUGAAAGAUCAUGUGCAGCAGGGAGAGAAUACAAUGAAAAACGGGGCUCAUACGAAUUAACAUUGAUGGACAUCAUUGGGAUCUUUCUAGUCAUAUUGUUUGGCAUUGCCCUAGCAUUAAUUCUGACCAUUUUGACAUUUCUCUGGGAUAUUAGGAAAAUUUCCAAGAAACAAAAGUUACCAUACUGCAAAAUCUUGAUGGAAGAACUCAAAUUUGCAACAUUUAUUUGGUCUUCGAAGAGAAGAUAUAGACUUCAAGAAUGAUCUAUCUAAUCAUAGGAUUGGUGAGUUCGCUCGAUGAGGAAAAAGUCCAGAACGAAUUCUCAUUUUUUAUUAUUUAUCUCAACCUCUUGAGGCCCGAAAUAUUAUACAGAAUAUAUAGAAUUAUCAAAAUAGGUUAAUUUGGAUGAAACAUAAUU